AUGGAUUAUGAAAAAGCCUCGAUGAACGCUGUCCAUGAACAAUUUCCUCAUGCAUCUCUACGAGGCUGUUGGUUUCAUUACUGUCAAGCUGUUCUUAAAAAGUGGAAACGAUUAGGACUUUUAAAAGCACCACGUAAAAUAGUAUCCAUGGCAAUGACUUUAGCAUUAGCACCAUCAGAAAUGUUUGCAGAAGGCUUAAACAUUAUGCAGACAAUUGCUGAUGAAGAAUCUGAUAAUUAUCCUAAUAUGUUGGUCUUUAUGAAGUAUAUGAGAAACACAUGGCUUCCAAUAUCGAAAAAAACAAGUGUAUAUGGAUGCCCAAUUAGAACCAACAAUAUUGUAGAAUCAUUUCAUAAUAUCAUGGCGCAAAAGAUGCAAACAGUUCAUCCAAACCUUUGGAUAUUUUUAGAUAAUAUUUCUAAAUUAAUAACAGAUCAAGAAAUCAACUACAAUCGUUUGUUGAACGGUCUACAAGUAACAAGAAAUCGUUGUCGAUUCACUAAAUAUAAAAAUACAAGGAUACAAGAAGCACAAAAUUAUUUAUCUACCGGUAUCUACUCAUUGAAAGAAUUUCUGCUGAUAUUUGAUGUGGAUAGCGGACGUCAGCAAGACGAAAUGGCAUUACUAAUAGACGAUAAUGACGAUGACGAAAUUUGUGCUGAUUUACAUACAGAAGGAGCUAUAGAUGAAGUUGCAACUAUUGACAUUGAAGACAAAAAUCAAAGCACUAGUUCUCUUUCUUGUUCAGAAACUAACAAGAAUAAAAAUAAAUUGGAAG